CGGCCAACGGUGUGCAUUUGGAAUAGUCGCAUUGUUUUGUAACAUUUACAUGUGAAUUGAUAUGUGUGGCAACAGAGCGUGUUACGUGCAGCAGUGGAAAGAGCCCGUUCAAAUUUCGCCUCUAAACGCUGUUGUCAGCUAAAGUUACGCACAAUAGCUGAGCCCAUUAAUUUCCACAACUUGAAGUGCUCACAUUCAGCAAACAUUGAAGGCAUUUUCACUUACUCCCAGCGCAUUUUCUUAUCAACCCUGUCGAAGGCAGCCGAUAUUGUACCGCUCUCGUGUAUAUUUUGAGCACAAACGUCAAGAGCUUUUUGCUCGUCAUCGGGGCAUAUCGUAUUUCAUUGAGAGACAUUAGUGGAGCAGAGAUGAGCUGAGACAAAUGACCGAAAUGGUUCGCGUUCGGGUGAAGUCAUGGAUAUGAACUGGCCGAUUUAUUUCUUGGUUUACCAUAGUAAAGAAAUUGAAUUCAAAUAAUUUCUCAUGGCAAUCGCUCGAAUUCUCAAAGGUACGAAUGAAGGGCUUUACGUCUUGAAUUAGGAGGUCGGAACUAAACGAAGCUGCAGUUAGAACCUCAAUUUCCCAUCCUUCGGAGUGCGAUGGCAAACCAGUCUGCAUUUUCUUCUGCUGUAGGACAUAAUGCUGGUGAGCUUAGCAGACUGCAUAUGAGAUCAAGCCCCCAUAUUGACGUUUUAAGUGGAAGAGGGAUGUUAGGCGAUGGUUCAGCUUAUAUCCCUGUCUCAAAGCGUCAGAGAUUAGGCCUAUCUGAGAAGAUGGGGGAAAGUAUUGAUCAUCCUGCUUUUGCUCGUUAUCAAAUGGACGAACUACAUUUUAGAGAAACCUUAAUUUUGCCUGCAAAAACAAGUCCUGAUCUUUUGAUGGAGAGUAGAGGAGAUCCAUCACGAAUGCAGUUUCCAUCUUUUGUGAGAAAUUCAGCAGAGCAAGGACAAAUUUCGCCACCUCUUCAGCCAUCACCAUCUUAUGGUGAUGGAGAACGAAAUAAUAACACAGGGAGAUAUGAAAGUCCAGAUGGUUGCUAUCAUAAUCAGUACCAACAGCAAAGAUUAACAAAAGAAGCAAUGCAAAGAUAUCUUAAAGAAAAAGACCAUCAGACUGUUGUUAUUCUUCAUUCAAAAGUGGCACAAAAAUCAUAUGGAAAUGAAAAACGCUUCUUCUGUCCACCUCCAUGUUUAUAUUUGUUUGGAAAGGGUUGGCAAAAGAAACAGCGUCAUAUUGACAGAGACGGUGAAUCUGAAUUCGAUAUUUGGCCAUAUGCAUUUAUUGGUAUUGGCAACAGCGAUCAAGAUGUACAACAGCUAACAUUUGAAGAUAAGGGAUUUUGCACAGCAAAAACACUUUUUAUUUCCGAUUCGGAUAAAAGAAAGCAUUUUCUUUUAACCUGCAAGUUGUUAUACGCAAGUGGCAAAUCAGUUGGGUUAUUCAAUUCUAAAAGGAUAAAGGUCAUAUCAAAACCAUCGAAGAAAAAACAAUCGUUUAAAAACACCGAGCUGUGCAUUUCAUCCGGAACAACAGUAGCUCUAUUCAACAGACUGCGAUCACAGACAGUAAGCACUCGUUACCUUCACGUCGAAGAAGAGAAUUUCAAAGCAAGUAGCCAACAGUGGGGCGCCUUCACAAUUCACCUUCUUGACGAUGAUGAGAAGGAAAGCGAAGAGUUCACUGUGAAGGAGGGCUUUAUACAUUAUGGGCAAACUGUGAAACUUGUUUGCUCAAAUACUGGACUGGCUCUUCCUCGACUAAUUAUACGAAAAGUUGAUAAGCAGAUGACAGUUCUUGAUGCAGAUGAUCCCGUGUCACAACUGCAUAAGGUUGCAUUUUAUAUGAAAGACACUGACCGAAUGUAUUUAUGUCUUUCGCAAGAACGAAUUAUACAAUUUCAAGCAACUCCUUGUCCCAAAGAUGCGAACAAAGAAAUGAUUAAUGAUGGAGCGUCUUGGACAAUCAUAAGUACAGAUAAAGCAGAGUACACAUUUUGCGAAGGGAUGGGACCUGUUCCUACCUCAGUAACUCCUGUUCCACAGGUCACGUGUUUGCAGUUAAAUGGUGGCGGCGAUGUUGCGAUGGUAGAAUUGAAAGGAGAGAAUUUCACUCCGAAUUUGAAAGUAUGGUUUGGUGACGUAGAGGCAGAGACGAUGUACAGAUGUGAAGAUAGUAUGUUUUGUGUAGUUCCCGAUAUAUCGGCAUUUAGAGACGGCUGGAAAUUCGUCAGGUCUCCGACUCAGGUCCCGGUUUCUCUCGUGCGCUGUGACGGUGUGAUAUACCCGACCGGAUUGACUUUUACAUAUACACCCGAACCCGGUGAGAGACCUUCUAGUGCCGAGAUUGUUAGUUCAUUAGUACGGACCAGCGCUUCCAGUGAAUUAACUUGAAUUAUUUUAUCUAUAUAAAUUGUAUAUAAAUCUUAGUGUAUACACAAAGUGUUUAGAGUCUUAAAGUCUAGCCGACCGUUUUAGCUGGUUGUUGACCAAAUAGCCAUGUCGUCUAUCAACUGACGAUUUUCGAUCAGCUGAUGACGCUAGUUUCCAUUGAAAUGACAUUUAGAUGAUAGAAUUCGUCGCUUAAGAUUCGCUAGGUCGUUGAGCCAAAAAUCUACAUCCACUCAUCUCCCUUUAGGUAAAUAAACGUCAGGUUCAUAAGAGGAAAGAUGCAUCUUGUGUCUGUAAUUUGACAACACUCCCAAUAGUUUACAAAGACUUCAUGUUUGAUCUCAAGUCACCAAAUAGCCUUAAAGAUUAAUUAUUUUGCAAGGAGAUAGAUAGUUAAUAUCAGAUCUGCUUGCUCCACGGAAUAUUUUCUGUCAUGUAUUGUGAUAAUAAAGCUUCAUAAAGGAAGGUUUUCUUAUUAGGAAAGUCCAGUUCAAGAACUGUAGAAGUUCGAACGUCUUUGUGUAAAUAUUGUCUGUAUAAUCCUUAGCGCUAUAACGAGGUUAAUGAAUGGCUAGAACCUCGUUUUAAUUAUGGCCUGGAGAAAGCAAUAUAUUUCACAGCUUGGCAUAUCCGUUCAGAAACGGUAAAAUUUCCAGUAAAUUUUCAAGGAAUCGUAAAAUUUGAAGUUAAUAUGCAAAAAGCUAUCUGUAUGUUUUAUGUACUUUUGAGGACAAAAGUCCUAUGCAUGUUCUUUUCUCAUACCUCUCAACGGAAAACUUGGAAUAGUAAUUAUGACAUAAACAAAGAUUUGAAUAGUAAACAACCUUAACCCCCAACCAACCUUGUACAAACCAAUUGAGUUUGCACUUUCCUGAGAGUUUCUCAGUUUUAAAGAGCGUCAAUCUGUGAAAUUUCGUGUGAUAUUACGUAGUGGAUUCCAGUCCGCCUAUUAUUGGUGAUAAAUUUAGAUGUAAAUAAAUAUCAAAGAAUUGAAUGGAUCACAAAUUUUCGCUUCGCAUUUUUUAUUCAUUCACCUUACUCUUAUAUUUCUUUGCUGCAAAAUACUUUUUGUGUGUUAGAAUCCUUGUCACGUUUAUAAGUUUAAAUAAACAAGAUUUGAUGCACAAAUUCAGUUUACGGUCACGUUUUGAAAUUUAUCGCCAUAUAUACUUUUUUUAAAAACAUAUUGGUAAUAAAAACCAUAAUUAUAACGACCUAAAGUGAGAAAAGUUGAUAGAGAUUUGAUCAGAAAAAUCUUCCAUGCUAAAACUCUUCAUAUAGCAAAUAAGAAACACCACAAUGCGAAUGAACAACACUGAAUACACGUAAAUUAGUGAAGGCUAAUAUUUUGCCCCGGCAUACAUAAGAGCAAAAAAGAUCGAAGUAUUAGCCUUCACCAAUUUACGUGUAUUUAUUGCUGUUCAUUCUCGUCGCAUUGCGGUGUUUCUUAUUUGCUUCGUUUUCAUCGAUUUUUCGCCGCAAGAAUUAAUUCUGUGUCCAUCGAGCAGCCUGCCAUCAUAGCCUUUCCUUUAUUCACACAAUGUAAUUUACUCAGAAAGAUAUACAGGAACAAAGCAAUACGAUGACGAGAAUCCAAUGUCACGAGAUAAAAUUUUCAAAAUAAAUUAAAUUUAAGAAAUAUACUUAUAUCCUUGGAUUCCGUUGAGCAGACUGCUAUUGUGACCUUUUCUUUAUUCACAAAUAAAACUCUUCACCCUGACUAUGAAAGGACAGUUAAAUCUUUUUUUUAAAGCAUGCUGGAAUUCUGUAGAUUGAAAUUCUGGUUUUUGUAGACGUUACUCAGAAUUAUUUUAUCCCAGAUUACCAAAGUUUGGUUUUUCUACCAUUAUGGCUUGAUAAGCAGCACAACAAACUAAUGGUUUGAUAACCUUAGGAUUUCAAAGCAAAGCCAUGCGUUAUUGAGCAUAAACAUUUUUAUCCUCCUUAUUAAAUUAUCAAAAUUUUCUUUGCAAUAAAAGCUCGAUCAAAUCCUCAGUUUCAGUUUCGUGAGAAAACAGCCUAAGUUAACUUGAAAAAAGGGUUUCAUUUUCAAACAAUUUUCAAAGAUCACCAUUAUGAUUCAUCAGUAAAGCAACACACAAAAGCAAUUACAUUCCAGAAAUCACUCUAAUCCAGAGCCAUUCGACUUUACUGAGCAAUGAAAUUAUGGUUCCAAACUCGUUGCUUAACUAUACAAGCUAUUAGGAACAGUAGGGUGACCAAAAUAUUAGAAAUAUGGUAUACAUCUCAGUGACUCAGGAUCACCCUUUCCUGAUAGUUCUCUUUAAAAUUUUAGGACAAUUAGAGGCUUUUAGAAUAUUUAUUUCGUAUUCCAAUGUUAUCAUAUUCUUCUAUGAUAUAUUUCUAAAAUUCUGAAAUUUCAAUUCCACAAUCACUUGCAAUAAUGACAAAA